AUGUCGGCCUGUAGCGCAACAUCAGCAGCAUCGUCCGUUGGUGUCGCGUCGGGUGAGAACCUGGAACGUAGGGUACACCUUCCUCGCGUCGCAUCAGCCGCGUCUAGCGAGCUGAAUGUAUCGCAGGCAGUGAGUCAACGCUCAGAAGAGUCGUUCAGCGCGUACCUCAACACUUCGACCAGCUCGCCUCGCUCUGGCAUCUCGGACGAGUCUCAAGAAUCAUCCGCACGGCUGGUCCAUUCGCAAGGCGAUCAACAGGGGUCGAGCCGAGUAGAUUCGGUAGACCAACAAGGCUCUCGAAGAGGUAUUGGCAGGACCGAGUCGAACGCGAGCAUUCUCAACAUGCGCAUUCAAGGAACUCGUGUUGCGCCAGCCAUCCGGGACGGACUCUCGGAUGAGCUACCAGCGCUGUACGAUGGACCGCCUAGCUCUCAAUCCGCCUCCCAGCAGUUGAGCAUGCACUUGAGCAGCGGGUGCGCCCCCGAUAGCAUGAUCCAAGCGCAAUCGCAGCAAGGCUCCGAAGCUUCGAAACGCCCAUUUGCUCGAAAUUGGAGCUCCUCGUCAGAAGCGAUGGUGCUGGGUUUUCCGGCGGCUGAUCAGGGUGAACGCAGCAAGCUGGAAACGGCACGCGACAACGCGCACCGACAAACUCCCAUGCAAUCUCCUGCCGAACGCGCAGCUGUGGAGAGCGACAGCUACCCUUCAGCAGUCGCGCUCCACCGUGGUCCCACUCCUCCUUCUGCCGCCAUAGCUCGAAAUCCGUCAAGCGAGCAGAUGGAGUCAUCAACGCGCGAGCCAAGCGUGGCGGGAGAGGAGGAGGAGGAUGAUGAUGAAGAUGACGAAUCGUGCGAUGAGAAUGACCACUCUGUCACUGGCAAGAGAGGCCCGGGUGGCAGCAAACGACGCCGACGAACAAAGAAGGCCGAGGUGGACACGCUCGCUGCUGUGUAAGUAGGGCGAAUAAUGGGCCCUGGUACCGCGUGUCUCCGCUGUCUUAGCCUCCGAGCAGUAGUCUGAGAUUUGUCCCUCUCCUGGCAUUCUAGGUACGAGGUCACGCCCUUCCCAGAUCAAACCAAGCGGAAUGAGCUGGCUGCGCAGCUGCAUAUGACGGUCAAGUGAGUAUGAUGGGCAUUGGUCGGAUGUCAUGCCUUGGCUCAUCAUGCGACGAUCGGAACUUGCAUGCUUGCAGAGCGGUUUCCAUCUGGUUUCAAAAUCGACGUCAAGCGAUGAAGAAGCGUGCUGCUCGGUAUGGUGGAGAGGAUGCAUCCAGCUUAGCACAAAGCGCGUCUGACCGUGCCGGGGGUUUGAAGCCCGUGCUGCCUCGAGCACGCCCGUCUUUGGAUGCAACCCUUCUCUCUAGACCAGUGACGACCCUUCCAGGCUCUCCCGGCACCGAUGACGACAGCACACGAAAGGAAAGCUGUCGUGCAUUAGACGCAACGGACUCCAGUCAGCCAAGCUUUCCUUCUGCCUCGAACCGCUGCAUGACACGCGCUGUUUCUGCGCCUUCACUACCAGGCCAGGGUCGCGCACCAUUGCGAGACAUCAACGACUUGAUAGCGAACGUGCAAGGCAGGAUCGUCACCAGCACCACCAGCCUCAAAAAAGCGCCUUGCGAAGUCCUGUCAAGAACGACUGAUCAGUCCUCGAAGACGAAGGCAAAAGUCUCUCUUUUCGAUGGUGUCAUUGGUGCGAAAAAGGACGGUGCUCCGGCCCACACCACCGAGCAUGCUGCAUCGACCGCGGCAUGCGGUGCCGGUCUAUCGAGAAGCAAGCAGGGAUCGCUAAAUGCCAAAUUGCCGCCGUCUUUGAUAGCCUCGCUCCGAGCGCAGGGUAUCCUGCCAGCCAGUCCAAGGCGCGUCUCUCCUGGCAAGCGCCAGAGAUCCCCAAGCGACGAGAUUUGGCGCCGCAUGCUGAGCUCUAGUGCAAGCUCGGACAAUGGUCAAGAAGAGGGACCGAAGAAUCCAGACGAAGAGGAGGAAGCGGCGGAAGAAGAUGAAGAGCGCACUCUUCGCAGAGUUGCGAAUCGCCGAGCCGCCAAGGAGCAGCUCAACGAUCUUAGAGCCAAAAGCACGUUGAGGCCAGGCAGGCUGAGCCUAACACGGGCGAUGUCUGGAAGCAUCCGGCCGUCGUCGAACGUCCUUACAAACAGCGCUGGCGCGUUCAAGCCGAGAACAGUCUCAGACGGACGUGCCUCACUCUCUCGCGAUCUGACACUUAGCGUUCCAGGCGAAGAGAAGAGCACCACCAAUGUCGAGCCACACCCAGCAUCCCGAAUCUCUUCGGUGCAAGCUGCGCCCGCAAUAACCUUAGACGAUCCUGCGCGCUCGAGCAGACGACGGGUCCCCUCUCUAGACUACGCCGCGGGGCAUGACCGUGCUGACAUUCCCAGACCAUUGCUGUCAACAGACACGAACUCCGACGCGCGCAGAGACUUGGCUGCUGGACUCGUUGGAUCUUUCUCCGAAGGUGUCUCAGCAAAGAAAGUGCCUCACCGCAAGAGGAAGCCAGCGGCACAAUACGUCGUUGACGAAAACGGUCUUAAAUGGCGCUUUGUUGAGGAUCAGUACGCACCACGCAAGCGCAGUCGAUUUGCUACGCCCUACGAUUGGAAAGAGGCUCAGCCAGUAGUCGCGCAGAGACAGCCGCUCGUUGCGCCGCACAUGGACACCUCUUCCACGCCCCGCAAACGUUCUAGAGAGGACGGCGUCGCAUUGAAGGAAAAUCAAUUGACGGUUUUGCCACGGUCCAUUGCGGCUACGAUGCCGUCCGGCCUUGGACCGGCUUCGGCGCUGACGAGCCACCCAACCCUCUCUGCUGGCUCCACCCUGGAUGCUUCCCGCUUGCCUUCUAUCGCUUGCUUGACGGCGGUCGACACUCUGUUGCAGACUCCCACUCUCCCACCUCUGCGGCCCCCGUCACAUGCAUUACUAGAUGGCCGUGCUAAACAAGCAGCUCUGCGGCCAGCACGAGGUCAAGAAGCCCCCCAGUUCGGCAAGCGAAGCAAUGGUCUGGCUCAGCCCAGUCUGUCUAUUGAUUCAUUAUUGGGAGCAAGGAUGAGUACCUCCAAUGUUUCCUCGCGCGGAUCGCAGCCAUCAGGAGGCACUUUCCGUUUCGAGGCCUCCUCCACGCGUGAUCCUCGAGGAACAGCAUCUCCUUCCGUCUCUCCUGAACGUCCUAUUAGAAACAUUCAACACCCGGUCAACCAGCGGGCGUCGCUGUCCGGCUUCCAAGCACCUGUCGGCACACCUUGGGGACGCGAGCAGCUCAACACCGUCCAACGCGGGCAUGGGCUGGCUCGCGUGGCGUCUGGUCCAUUGCCGCCCGUGACGUACGCUAAUUCCUUGGGCCCUGCCAAGAACGUCGCUGGUAAUAAUGUGUCGAUGUUGACCGAGAGCCAGCAGGACGACAGCGGCUUUUACGGCAGCGACAAAGAGGAAGGACAUACAAGACGCGCGGUAUUUGCAGAUAAGACAAACAGCGCAAAGGCGGGCAAAGGCACACGCGCCCCAAGUCGCAAGGCUGCAGCCCCACUUCGAACUGCUCGAUCUACCCUACGCGGUUUAAGCGGCUCUCCUCGCAAAGACGAAGGUGAUGAACAAGCAGCUCAAAUGUUGCUCGAUCUUGCGGCCCGAGACUAG